UGCCAAAGAACUCAGCCUGGGGAAGGGCUUGGCCAAUGUUGGGGUGCGGGGCUGGGAACGGUGAGCUCUAAGGUUCAGCUUCCCACUCAAACCUGCUACCAGGGGGACGGGUCCAAGAAACUGGACGAAACAGGUCGGGGAGUGAGGCUCUUGUGACCUAGCUCCCUCUGGAAAACGGAAGGCCUGGAGGGAACGAGGACUGAGACCCUAACCAGGUACGGACCCUGAGACCCUAACCAGACUCAGAUCCCAAAUGGCGCAAUGGGAGAUGCUGCAGAAUCUCGACAGCCCAUUUCAGGAUCAGCUGCACCAGCUCUACACAAAUAGCCUCCUGCCGAUGGACAUUCGACAGUACUUAGCUGUCUGGAUUGAAGACCAGAACUGGGAAGAAGCUGCAUUGCGCAACAGUUACCAGGCUAACAUGCUAUUCCUCCACUUCUCGGACCAACUAAACUAUGAGUGUGCCCGCUGCAGCCAGGACCCUGAGCGCUUGUUGCUACAGCAUAACUUGCGAAAAUUUUGUCGGGACAUUCAGGCCUUUCCCGGGGGUCCUAUCCAGUUGGCUGAGAUGAUCUUUAAUCUCCUUCUGGAGGAAAAAAGAAUUCUGAUUCAGGCUCAGAGAGCUCAAGUGGAGCAAGAGGAGCCAGACCUCCAAGCACCUGUAGAGAGCCAACAGCAUGAGAUUGAAUCCCGGGUCCUGGAAUUAAGGGCUAUGAUGGAGAAGCUGGUAAAAUCCCUCAGCCAACUGAAAGACCAGCAAGAUGUCUUCUGCUUCCGAUAUAAGACCCAAGCCCCAGUGAGGACAGCUUCUUUGGACCCCCAUCAUACCAAACAGAAGCAGCUUCUGCAGGAAACUCUCAAUGAACUGGACAAAAAGAGAAAGGAGGUGCUGGAUGACUCCAGAGCACUGCUAGGCCGAUUAACUACCCUAAUUGAGCUACUGCUGCCUGAGCUGGAGGAGUGGAAAGCCCAGCAACAGAAAGCCUGCAUUGGAGCUCCCACAAAUGGAGGGUUACAACUUCUCCAGCUAGAGAAGUGGUUCACCGAAGGAGCAAAGGUCUUGUUUCAUCUGCGGCAGCUGCUGAAGGAGCUGAAGGAAUUGAGUCUCUUGGUUACCUAUGAAAAUGACCCUCUGACCAAAGGAGUGGACAUGCAGGAGGCCCAGGUUAUGGAACUGCUGCAGCGUCUGCUCCACAGGGCCUUUGUGGUAGAAACUCAGCCCUGUAUGCCUCAGACUCCCCAUCGACCCCUCAUCCUCAGGACUGGGAGCAAGUUCACUGUCCGAACAAGGCUGCUGGUAAGGCUCCAGGAAGGCAGUGAGUCACUGACUGCAGAAGUCUUUAUUGACAGGAAUCCUCCUCAGUCACAAGGCUUCCGGAAGUUCAACAUUCUGACCUCAAACCAGAAAACUUUGACCCCCGAGAAAGGGCAGAGUCAGGGUUUAAUUUGGGACUUCCGUUACCUGACUCUGACGGAGCAACGUUCAGGAGGUUCAGGAAAAGGCAGCAAUAAGAGCCUGCUGGGUGUGACAGAGGAACUGCACAUUAUCAGCUUCACGGUCAAAUAUACCUACCAGGGUCUGAAGCAGGAACUGCAAACGGACACCCUCCCUGUGGUGAUUACCUCGAACACGAACCAGCUUUCAAUUGCUUGGGCCUCAGUUCUCUGGUUCAAUCUGCUCAGCUCAAACCCCCAGAAUCAGCUGUUCUUCUCCAGUACCCCCAAGGCCCCCUGGAACUUGCUGGGCCCUGCUCUCAGUUGGCAGUUCUCAUCCUAUGUUGGCCGAGGCCUCGACCAGGACCAGCUGAGCAUGCUGAAGGGCAAGCUGUUUGGACAGAACUCUGGGAAGGAGGGUGCGUUGUUGUCCUGGGCUGACUUCACUAAGCGAGAGAGUCCCCCUGGAAAGCUACCAUUCUGGACGUGGCUAGACAAAAUUCUGGACCUGGUACAUGACCACCUGAAGGAUCUUUGGAAAGAUGGACGCAUCAUGGGCUUUGUAAGCCGGAGCCAGGAGCGCAAGCUGCUGAAGAAGACCGUGUCUGGCACCUUCCUGCUGCGCUUCAGUGAAACAUUGGAAGGGGGCAUCACCUGCUCCUGGGUGGAACACCAGGAUGAUGAUAAGGUGGUCAUCUACUCUUUGAAGCCCUUCACCAAGGAGGUGCUACAGUCACUCCCGCUGACCAAAAUCAUCCACCACUACCAGCUGUUCACUGAGGAGAACAUACCCGAGAACCCGCUGUGCUUUCUCUACCCCCGUAUCCCCCGCGAUGAGGCUUUCGGGUGCUAUUAUGAGGACAAAGUUAAUCUCCAGGAACGAAAAAAGUACCUGAAACACAAGCUCAUUGUGGUCUCUAACAGGCAGGUGGACGAGCUGCAACAGCCACUGGAGCCUAAUCUGGAGCCAGAAGUGGAAUCACUAGAGCUGUCUCCAGGACUGGCACCAGGGCCAGAGCCAGAACUAAGCCUGGGGUUAGAGCCACUGCUAGAGGCAGGGCUGGACCUGGGGCUGUCACUGGAGCCCAUACUAGGUACGGUACGAGAGCCAAACCUGGGACCAGAACUGAGGCUGGAACCUAUUCUGGAGCCUAUUUCACAGCCGGCGCCAGAGCUGGAACCAGAUUUGCCCCAUGACCUGAGACACUUGAACACUGAGGAAAUGGAAAUCUUCAGGAACAGUAUGAAAAUUGAAGACAUCAUGCCAAACGGAGACCCACUAUUAGCUGGCCAGAACACCACGGACGAGGCUUACGUCUUCCACCCAAGCCAUUUCUACACAGAUGGGCCCCUGAUUCCUUCUGACUACUAGGAACUGUGUGUCCUCUGUUCUUCCCACAUCUUUUACCCCCACCAACCCCCACAUCAUGAUGUCGUUCUCCAAGGAUGGGAAAUCAGGCAUGUGCCCCUUCUAAGCUGGGUGAACCCUGUGACUUGGGGUCAAAGGUACAAGCAUAGUGUGGGCCGAUGUUGGGCAUUGCUCUGACUAGGACCCUGGGGGCUGCCUGCUGUGCUGGGAUGUAUGGUGGUUUUAGGAGCAGGCCAGGACAGUGUGGAGGUGCAUGGAGAGUUCAGAGGAGUUGCUUCUUUCCAGUAUGGAAGGAUUUCAGCAUUGUAAUAGCUGGUAAGACCAGCCCAGUGCCCACUAGCGCUGACCCGUGGUGGGGAACUGUUACAGGACAGGACUCCAUCUUCCCCUCAUGUCUAGGUGAACCCUUUCCUUUCUUCUUCCCCUCACUCCCGACUCAGGUCCUGGAUUUCCUCUUUUCCUGCAGGGACUGAGAGCUUCCUGCCUCAGCCACCAUGGGCAGCUCCCCCUCUGAGGAAGGGAGUAAGGGGUAGACCUCCUCUUCUUACCAGUCUCCUCCUCUGCUCCCCAAGCUGGCCACACCCAUUCCCCCCUCAAAAAAACCAUCCCACCAGCCUCAUGUGUCUGUGAAGCUUUGCACAAUAACUCACUCUGCCCAGUUUCCACUUUCCCAGUGCUUAGGAGGCAAGUCACUCUUGGAAGCCAGGGGUGGUACGGUUGCUGGAAAUUCAGGAACUGCUUUUUAUAGUAUGGAUAGAAUUUGGUAUUUUUACAGAGGAAGAGAAGACCUGGGUCUUGUAUAUUUCUCUAUUAAGAUAUCAUCCCUUUCUUUUGUACAAUAUGUUGUUUACCUGAAAAGAUGGUUUCUGUUCCUUGGGCAUGGACCUGGAAGUCCCUGGAACUUAGAACCUCGAGGGUUCAUCACGGAGCUCUGGACCACGGCGGGCCUUGGCCACCCUCAGAGAAGCCUUGGGACGGCUUCUGUUGCUUUACUGUGUGCUUCUAGUAAAACUCGAGAUGUGAGCGAAGCGAGGCCCUGUACAUGCUCCUGCCUGGUAUGUUAGAGUAAUUUUCAACCUUUUCAUCUUAUGGCAUGUAUAAACGAAUUACUGAAAUUUUGUAGCACACAAAAAACAAUUUUUUUUCUGAUCUAACAAAAACAAAAA